GUCAAGGCGACCGACCACGUUGACGAAAGAAAUGACGUUGUUUCGAUCAUUGUAUUUCUCUCCCUAUAAAACAUUAAUUGAUUCCCUUCACUUUUCUUGAAACUGGAAAAGUUGAGUUAAGAACAAGAAACAUGGCAAGCUCUCAGUGCCUUGAGAACCCACCAACCCUCACACCCAUUUGUGGAGAAGGGACUGUCCAAGUAUUUGGUGGUCUCAACACUUAUGUCACUGGCCCUUCGGAUUCUAAGCUCGCUAUUCUUCUCAUUUCUGAUGUUUUCGACAAAGUUGCAGCAGCUGGAUUCUUAGUCGUGGCUCCUGAUUUCUUUUAUGGUGACCCUGUUGAUCUGAGCAACCCUCAAUUUGAUCGAGAUGCAUGGAUGAAAGCUCAUAACACGGACAAAGGAUAUGAAGAUGCAAAACCAGUUAUUGCUGCUCUCAAAAGUAAAGGUGUGUUUGCCAUAGGGGCAGCAGGUUUUUGCUGGGGAGGGAAGGUGGCUGUGCAAUUGGCAAAUUCUUAUGACAUUCAGGCUGCCGUUCUGCUGCAUCCUGGUCUGAUCACGGAUAACGAGAUCAAUGAGGUUAGGGUUCCGGUUGCUAUUUUGGGAGCUGAAAUUGAUCAUGCUACUCCACCAGAACAAGUGAAACAUUUUGGAGAGAUAUUGUCUUCAAAAUCUGAGCUUGAUUGCUUGGUUAAAGUAUUCCCUAGUGUCUCACAUGGAUGGUCGGUUAGGUACAAUGUUGAAGAUGAAUCUGCUGUGAAGAGCGCAGAAGAGGCGCAUGAAGACAUGUUAAACUGGUUUACGAAGCAUGUCAAGUGACAAAAUGAACUUUGGUAGGUUAUUUGCAUUAGUGGCCAGGUGAUUGUCUCAGUAUUUACUAUUAUCCUUUAAGUUUUUUGGUGUUAGUAUUGUCAUUGCUGGAUAUUGGACUAUUUAGAAUAUCACCCUUUUCAUUUUAUAUCAUACUGGUGGACUUACUUACAAAGCAUAAGUUCAUAUGUAUAAACGUUUGAGCAAAAAUU